CAUUAUUUCGGUUCCCAGUAAAAUCCGUCUUCCGUAACGCGAUCAGUGCGAAAUUCAAUUGUUAUUUCUGUUGAAUAAACAAUAUCUCGCGGUGAUGCGAGUGGAAAAUUCAAAUAUUCUCAUGGAAUAAAAAACGAUGCCAUUUUUCCGAAACCCAUAUUUUUUUUUUAUGAUGCGUUCGUUCGCCAGUCAAAAUUUUGUAUUAUUUCUUCUUAAUUUUUAAUUUCUCUGCAGUUAUACUGUAACGUUGUAUUUGGCUGUGCGUAACUAACCGUUACGUACAUUAUUCGCUGAUCGUUUUGUCCUCGUUGAAAAUCUACCAAUCGAUAUUAUUCGGUGCUCGUAUAAUAUGCGCUAGCUGAAAAUAUGGCCAACGAUAAUUUAGAAGAUUUGAAAAACUGUAAACGGCCUGCCCCGUCCAACAGCUCUGAUCCUUCAGACAUCGACGAACUUAUACAAGAAAAUGCUGAAAAAAUCAGAGUUGGACGCGAUUUUCAAGCCGUUAUUCCGAAGCUGCUAGUUACUCAAGCACAAAGACGCGAACGCCUGAAUAAAAAAGCAUUAUUGGUUUGGUCACCAACGGAGAAAAUUUCCGAUGUCAAAUUGAAUGAAUAUAUUUUACUAUCGAAAGAAAAGUAUGGUUAUAACAGCGAACAAGCAUUAGGUAUGCUAUUCUGGCAUCACCAUGAUAUGGAAAAAGCUCUAUGUGACCUUGCAAAUUUUGCGCCUUUACCGGACGAAUGGUCAACUGAAGAUAAAGUUACAUUCGAGUCCGCAUUCAAUAGUAUUGGAAAAAACUUUUUGCGAAUCAAGCAAAUGUUACCAGAUAAACCUAUUGCAUCAUUAGUCAAAUAUUACUACUUAUGGAAAAACAAAAGAAAGAAGAGUAGUGUAAUUGAUCGGCAAGCGAGAAAAUUAGCUAAUGUCCGUUCUAACGAAAAUCAAAAUGGUAGUAGAGAAGGAUCGAGCUCAGCAGAUUCUGAACCAGAUGAUAAGAAGGAUUCUGGAGAAGGUUGUUCAAAACAAUCCUGUUCUGUCUGCGGAGUGUUUGUUACAUUGUUACAGCAAACUCCAAAGGGUUCCAUGUGUGGUACUUGUUACACUCAUUUCAGGAGAACUGGAGGAGGUAUACGACCAACUUUAGGUCCACCACGCCCGAAUAACCGUCACUUGAACGUUGCUCGUAAUAAACGUUUACCACCACGUGGCAUGUACGUCAAUCACGAUGAUCUUCAAGCUAUUGCAUCCGGACCGAACGGUCAAGGAGAUGCCAUUUUAGCAGCUAUGGAUGAUGAGGUUGUAUCAUUAAAAUGCAAAAUCCAAUCUAACAAACAAGUAAUUGGACAAAUAGAAAAGAAAAUAAAACUAGAUAUUAAUGAAUACAGGAGCAACGAACCAACUCCUAGUCGUGUUACAUCCCGCUGGACAAACGACGAAAUUAUGCUGGCCGUUCAAGGGAUGCGAAAAUAUGGAAAAAACUUCCAAGCCAUUGCAGAAACUAUUGGAACCAAAACUCAAAAUCAUUUAAAGACAUUUUAUAGUCUCUACCGUAAACGUUACAAUUUAGACACAGUUCUUCAAGAAUAUGAUGAUGAACACAACUCUGUUAUUGAACUAAGCGACGAAGAAGAAGUGGUUGAUACCCAAGACGAUCCUACAGCUUCUUCUUCUAGACCAAACACACCAUCUGCAAUGGUAUCAGGAUCUCGACCACUUAACAAUCUUACAUUAUCAAACCCCAAAGCUCAUCAAACAGCAGCCGCUGCCAAGUGAUAUUCACAGUGUGCUAUUUUCCAGUUUCCACUGCCUUGUAUGUUAUAUCUCAUUAGUUAGUCUCUUUUACUAUACAAAUAUCAGUUGUGUGUGGACUAAUAAUGUGUAAUACAAUAAAUAUGUAUGUAAACAUGUGUAUAUUACUUAAAGUAUAAUUUAAAGGAAUUUAUUUUUAACUAUUUUUACCCUAUAAUAAUUGAACAACUAUUGUAAGUAUUACAUUAUUAACAAUAUACUUAGUUGUAUAAUAAACGUUUUUAGAUAAUAUUUUUUUCAUCGACAACAUUAAACUAAUAUAUUUUACAUUUUUGUGUUAAAUUAAACU